AUGGCGUCCCAGAUCUCAGGCGAGAACCGAAUCCUGGUUAUAGGACUGGGCGUGUCCGUCGUUGCAGCCCUGGGGCUUAUGCGGUACAUGCUCAUCGCCUUUCGUGACGCUGCUGAAAUCGAACAGCCAGCGCCAAAGACGCAAUACAUCGACCAAAAGACCGAGGAUGCUUUGAUGCCCAGCACGCUCGAGAAGCUCAUCAGCAGUCAUAACAAGGAUAUACAAGGAGUUGCAUCACGGAUUGUUCUUGAUAGGGCUCUCCACGAUGUUGAUACCAUCGGUGGUUUACUGUGGGUGGUUACGAGCAAGGACCCCGAAAGACGGGAGAAAGCCCUGCGGGUUCUUCAUCUGAUCUGUGGCGAAAGUUCCCUCGCCGAUGUCUACCACCACAGUGUCAUCAAGGCGAUUGUCACAGCGCUCAAGGACUUAGCUAUGGAGAUCGACUACCCCCUCUACGACUGCGAGUUCGACGACUUCGACUUCCGCGACCCGGCCGAGAACGUGGCGCUGAUGACGCUGGAGCUACUGAUCAGCGAUCAAUCGGCGCGAUACCUGGCCAAGACAGGCUUUGUUGAACACUGGCUUGCUCGCCAGAAUUGGGGCAGCACACCCGAGGAGAUACAAAAGAGCUUUCUCUGUUUAUAUCGCCUCCAGGCGGAUGCGAGACGGGGCAAUCCGCUCUCGAACAUCGUCCAUAAGUUAGCUGGGCAACAGCUAGGUGUUCAGAAGCUUGUCGCUACGGGUCUGAUUGAACGGCCUGAGUCUAUACAUGUAGUUGGGUUUAAUAAGGGCUACAGUCUUUAUGGUGACAAUCGUGAGGCGCCGUACUGGCAGACUACUGGGCCUAGUGGGGAUGUUGUCACAUAUAGUCUGGAAGAGGUACUUGCGGCAACUAACAAUGGCACCGGCGAGGUCGCUAGAGACUCGAGGAGGCCUGUUGAGCAGAGUGCAGAAGAGCGUCGUUUACGGAGGCGUAAUCGGGAGGUCAUGGUCCUGCAUGAUGGGUCGCAACCUCUAGCCAUGAUGGAUAUCAUUGAACUUUAA